UGGGAAUUUUGCUCAGAUCGUGCUAAAGGUCUGCAUAUAAAUUCGGCCCUCCGUCCUCAACUAACUCUGAAGUCUGAACACAAACGGAGAGAGAGAGAGAAAAUGGCGUUGAGAGCAGCUUUGAUUCGCCACCUUCGGGUUCCGGUCCAAACCCUAUCCCCCGCCGGCCGAGUCUCUCAGCCGUCGGUGGCCAACAGCCUCUUCGGUUCCACCCGGUUCAUGUCAUCGCACGACGACCAUCUCAGCAAGGAAGAUGUCGCCGACAGAGUCCUCUCCGUCGUCAAGUGCUUCCCUAAAGUCGACCCAUCCAAGAUCCGACCCGUGACGAUCAUCGAGAUGACCUGAGGAAGUGAAGUGAAUCUUCACUCUCUGAUCGUUUAGAUGUGGAUGGGAAGGGGCUACUCAAGAGAGGUACCGUCCCUUAAUCAGUGACUCCUGAUGUACAUUUCCAGAGUGAUCUAGGGUUAGACAGCUUGGACAAUGUCGAGAUUUUGAUGGCUUUGGAAGAGGAAUUCAAGCUCGAGAUUCCAGACAAGGAAGCCGACAAGAUCGAUUCCUGCAAACUUGCUAUUGAGUACAUUCAUAACCACCCAAUGGCUAGUUGAAAUUACAUAAGGCUCUGUUCAUGAGUUUUUUUGGUUUUGUUGCGGUUCUUUUCCAGUGGACAUGUAUCAGCUGUAUUCAUGUUGAGACUUUGCUGUUGCUGUGUUCCAUUUUGAAUUAGUUCUCCAAAAAAAAUUGGUUGAGAGAAUAAUCUGAAACUGGUUUCUUCAUAGGAGUAGAGCUUUGGGUUAUUGAUUUGCCGGGCCUGUGACUGUGUUACUGGUACACACAAAAAUUUCUUUCAUGCCGUUGAUUUUGGCAUCUUGAAACUCUUGUUUUCUUCUUUCUUCCUCUUGUAUGAAUACUCUCCUCUCUCCGCCGUGGAUAGAACAGUGCAGGCCGCAGGGCAUACAUAAAUGAGAACUGAUUUCAGCUCCAGCGAUCUUCAAAGUUCAAUUGUUGAUGGUUGUGCCACUUCUGUGUAAAAUCUACAAUAUGACUACUAAAUCGCAAUUUCAGACUGU